AUGGAGUGUUGUAGGCGAAUUGCCAUCUCCCUUCUCCUGGUGGUUCUAAUUGGCCUCUCUGUGGCAGAGGCCGCCACUCAACCACUGGCCGCAUUGGAAAACCACGGUGGGACGAUGCUUAGAGGCAACCUCGAUUUGUCGGUGGUGUUCUAUGGCCGGUUAGGGCGGAUUCAGAAGAACACACUGAGGGCGUUUUUGAAGUCGUUGAACCAGUAUGGUCCCGCGGGGUACGGUUCACAAGUCUCAUCCUGGUGGCGCAUGGUUAGCUCCUACGUUCCCGGUGGUGCCGAAAUCAAAGUCAGGGUGGUCAAGCAAUACGUUGAUCCUAACUACUCUCUUGGAAAGGUUAUGACUCGUGAUUUCAUUAAGAUUCUUGUCAAAAACGCCGUCGUUGGGUUGCCACGUGCCCUCCCGGUGAUUGUGGCAGCUAGAGAUGUAACGGUUGAAGGGCUUUGCAUGGGAAAAUGCGCACAGCAUGGAGCUUUUGAUGGAGUUCCGUACGUCAUUAUUGGGAACCCAGAGACUGAGUGCCCGGGAGCCUGCUUAUGGCCAUUCCACCGAGCCGACUAUGGUCCAUCAGGCGCCAUCCUCAAGCCACCAAGCGGCGAUGUCGCGGCUGACGCCAUGGUCGUUUCAUUGGCCUCUGGCUUGGCCUCCGUUGUCACCAACCCCUUCCAAACUGGCUUAUUCACACUCGGCGACAAGGCUAUCGUAAUCGAGGCAUCUACUGCCUGCCCAGGCAUGUUCGGCACUGGAGCCGCCCCUGGCUACACCGGUAAGGUCGCCGUUGAUCCCCGCACUGGCGGCGCUUACAAUGCCGUUGGGGUUAGGGGCAAGAAGUUUCUUCUCCCUGCUCUUUGGAACCCCAAGACUUCCUCUUGUUGGACUGUCAUGUAA